AUGUUGGGAAGCGUAUUAAGACGCUCAACAGAGCAAUUAAACAGCUUUACCAAUCGCCUUUUGGCGCGCUGCACAGAAACCCAGGAGAGUAAUACAUGCGAGAAGCCCUUGUCUCAAACGCAUGUCCUUAUCGCAGUAAUCAUCGCCACAGCCUUGCUUCUCAUCGGAUCCGCACUCUUGGUCCUGUUCUGGCUGACCCUGAGGCGGAAAAAACUCGAAAAACUCGAAGAUGCAUCUGAUCCGUUCGAAUUGGCAGCGUACGGCAUCGAAGAGCCUGUUGCGCAGAAGCAAAGGAGACGCGAUCGUUUACGGGCAAUCAUGGCGAGAUGA